UUAUGACGUAGGCGAACGCAGACCUAACGUCGGGGUUGCCAUUAAAAACUGUUGUUUGGUGGCGUCCUGUCCCAAAGGUUUAUAACGACUUUGGAGGUUUAGUGCUUUCAUGGCCGUUUUUUGAUUUCAAUCAGGAUUCCGUAUAAAAACGAAUAACAAUCGAUAGCGAGUAUCUGUUAGCCACUUUGCCAGGAUGUCGUAUAUGCUCCCGCAUCUUCAUAAUGGCUGGCAAGUUGACCAAGCUAUUCUGUCCGAAGAGGACAGAGUUCUGGUCAUCCGAUUCGGGCAUGACUGGGACCCGACUUGUAUGAAGAUGGACGAAGUUUUGUACAGCAUCGCUGAAAAGGUAAAAAAUUUUGCAGUCAUUUACCUGGUGGAUAUCACAGAGGUGCCUGACUUCAACAAGAUGUACGAGUUGUAUGAUCCCUGUACAGUAAUGUUCUUUUUCAGGAACAAGCACAUCAUGAUUGACCUGGGCACAGGUAAUAACAACAAAAUCAAUUGGACUAUGGAGGAUAAGCAGGAGAUGAUAGACAUUGUGGAGACAGUUUACCGUGGUGCACGGAAAGGAAGAGGUCUAGUCGUGUCUCCAAAGGAUUACUCAACAAAAUACAGAUACUAAGUACCUUUUUCCCCUCUCCUUGUUGGUUUACUAUGGACAUUUAGGGCAACUGAAGUCUGAAUAUAUGAUCUGUAGAAAGAAAUUCACCAAGUCAACGUUUAAGUGUUUUUUUUACAUAAUGAAUCCUUUGCAAUUUGCAAAAUGGUGGAGAAGUUGAUUCUAGUCAAAAUAAACUAUUUGAAAAAAA